CUCUCUCUCUCUCUCUCUCUCUCUCUCUCUCUCUCUCUCUCUCUCUCUCUCUCUCUCUCUCUCCAUCUUUGUUCUUAUAAACACACAAAAUAUUCAAAUCUAGCUAAGACAUUAGAAAGAAAGUGAAAAUAACACACACAAGAAAGUGCAAGAAAGUGAUAUACACAUCAUGAAGCUUGUUUGGUCACCAGAAACUGCCAUGAAAUCUUACAUAGAUACUGUUAAAUCAGUAAGUACUUUUCAACCUCAACAACAAUGUGAAAAAUUCAAGGAAUCUGGCGUAGCUGAGCUUCUAUCAUCCAUGGCAGCCGGAUGGAACGCGAAAUUCAUCGUAGAAUGUUAUUCCCACGGCGGCCCAAUAGCGGCAAGUACUGGCCUAGCGGUUGCGGCUCGCAACACGGGUGCAAGACAUGUAUGCAUAGUCUCAGAUGAAGGGUCAAGAUUGCACUACAUAAAAGCCUUAGCCGAGAUGGGUGUAUCGCCUCCACCGGAGAUAGUUCACGGGGACGCGGAGACGGUAAUCAAAAGCCUUGAUGGGUUGGAUUUUCUUGUGGUGGAUUGUAGGCGUAGGGAUUUUGCUAGGGUUCUAAAGGUUGCAAAAGUGAGUACUAGAGGGGCAAUUUUGGCAUGUAAAAAUGCUUGGCAAAGAUCAAAUUUUUCUUGGUUUAAAUGGAACCAUGUUCUUGAAAGAGGCACACGUGUGGUUAGAUCGGUUUUUUUGCCUGUUGGAAAGGGUUUGGAUAUUGCUUACAUAGGAAGUAGAAAUAGUGGUGGUGCAUCUUCAAGUACUAGUUCUUCAAAGGGUACUCCUAGCCGUUGGAUCAAGCACAUAGAUCAACAAUCAGGAGAAGAACAUCUUUAUAGGGAGAGUAAUGUUUAAUUUUUUUUUUUUAAUAACUAAGGGUCUUAACUCUUGUGUUUGUAAUUAAAUAAAUAAAAUUGUAGAAAUAUGUUUAUUGAUGAA